CAAUGUUGUAGCUGUACACCAUGCACUCUGUGCAAGUCUGCUUUGUUAUUCCGCAGCCAUUGUCCCUCCCCGUCAGCUGGGAGUCAUGCAUGCCAAAGAAGCCUCCAUAGCAACCCCUUCCUCUAUGGUAAACAGAUCUGCCGCAGGUGAAUUGCUCCCGAACUGACAUAUCUUAACCUCUCCAACACUCAUGGACGCCUCUGAAAACCGCAACUUUCCUUUAAAAGAGCAAGUCAGACAGCUGAACAACGAGAAUAUACAGCUGCUGGAUCGCAAUGAGAGGUUGUACGCCAAGCUGAAUGAGCUGCAGGAGAAGAUGGGGAAAUUGGCUGGUUCCAAGACUGAUCUGUCCUCCAGGCUGGUCAUGAGUGAGGAAGAAAAGCUGAAGAUUUCAAAGGAACUGAUUGAACUUCAGAUAGAAACCAACAAAAUAAGGGAGCAUUAUGAGGCCGAGACCUUUGAACUGAAGAACACGGUCCUGGCACUGGAGAACCGGUUGAUGUCUCUGGAGCUUCAGAAGGAGAAGCUGGCCGGUGAGUAUGGGGCUGUGAAAGAACGUUUACAUUCGGUGGAGACCAACCGCAAGGAGCUGGCUGAUGAGUACAUAGUCCUGAAGAGCAACUACCUGGCCCUGAGCAAGGAGCAUGAAAGAGAGGUGGCCAAAAACGAAGAGCUGAGUAUGGAGCUCCUGAACCUGGCUAAGAGGGGAGAUGGGGAGAGCUACUCCCAGUCCCGGGCCCUCGUCAGUGAGGCCACUGCAGAGCUGGAGAGGGUGCGGGCCAUGGUUGACCGCCUGUCAGCACGUAAGAUCAAGCCAGAAGAACUUGUCGCCUCUGAACACGAAAGAAGAAAACUAGAGAGAAGUCUUCUCGGGAAUCACGAUGAAAUCAAGGAGGAGCUUGAAAGCAUGAAGAGGAUCCACAACACCCAGCAACAGAGGCUGGAGGAAAGAGUGGUAGCAAUGGGUAAGGAGCUACAGGAGGCAAAAAGGGCUAUUCGCAACACCCAGCACAAGAUGGCCGAACAGUCGGCGGUCCUCCUAACAUCCCAAAGCCAGAUGAAGGAGACCGAGGCAGAAAACUCACAUCUCCAGCUGCAGCUAAAAGAACUGAAUGAAGAAUAUCGAUCUCGCCUCAACCGCUACAUCCAGGACCUGGCUGAAUACGUGGAUGGGAAUCUGAGAAACGGCACAGCCGGUAGACCGCCGCUGGAGCCCGCUCGGAUGAAGCAAUUUGUGGACAGCAUGCUGAGUGACAUGAAAGCCUCGCACAGAUCCAGAGAGGAGCAGCUCGCCAGCGCCGCCCGGCAGUACAAAAAGAGGAUGCAGAAUCUGGUCAAAAAACACGAGAGCCUUCUCAUCGCCUAUCGCAUGCAGAGGGAGCAGAUUAUGGCUCUGGGAAGCAGUGAAGUGGACCCUGGACCUCCUGAACAUCAUUUCUCUAUCACUGAUCCCGAGCUGCAAAGUCAGUCUGUGUUGGAAUUAAGCCGGCUGCGAGAGGACAAGGCCAGGCUGGAGAAUGAUAUCCAGGACUUAAAGGAGAAGAGACGCAUCAAUGAAAACACAGCAUCCAAUCAAAAACUACAAGGGCAUCUGAGCGAGGAGAACUGGGCAGAGAUCAGGAAACAGCUGAGAGAAUUUACACACAAUACACAGGAGGAUCUGGAGAGGGAGAGAAGUCAGCUGUUGUCACGGGCAUUGGUGGCAGAAGAGCAAGUGGCUGAGCUGCAAGAAUAUGUGGAUAAACACCUAGGCCGGUACAAACAAGAGAUAAUGCGUUUGCGCAAGCUUCUUGGCAACGAAGGCCCACGUGCGUUCAGCGCCGAUGGCCCUAACUCCUAUCUACCCAGAGGGGUGAGAAGAAGCAGCCAUGACAUGUGACCAGCCCCCUCUAGUGGCAUUCUUCAGUACUACGCGUCAGACAACACAACUCUAGACUGACAGCACUG